AUGUACUUAUAUAUAUUUUACAUUUCAGCAUCAUCUGUGAGCGGUUGUAAUGUUAUCAAGGCCAAGGAAUUUAAAAGUAAGACAAAUAUAUAAAGCCUAAAGUCAGAUUCGUGCUCCUUAGCAAUUCAACUACUGUAGUUAAUAUAUGAGCAGCUGAUCUUUAUGAGCAGCUGAUCUGUAAAUGCCAAUAAAGAUCAGUUACGAAUACUUUAACGUAAAUUCCAAGUUUUGAAGGAUUUGUAAGAAAUGUUUGAGGGAACAGACAAACGUGUUUAACACUGAGUCAGUAGACCUUUCCCCUUUUGAGUGAAAUUUUGAUCUAGACAAGUCUGGACAAAAAUUUCAUCGCAGCUUGAAAGAGCAUCACAAAAUUAGUAAAGUGUUUCGUUGCGAAAUGUUGUAAAAUGCGGAUAAUGUAGCCUUGCGAAGUUUGCCGUUUUUCAGUCAUUUGGUAUUACAAACGGGAAAUUGAUAAUCAGAUGAUCAAACUGAUGCAAAAUAUUAGACUGUAAUACAAAAUGACUGAAAAACGGCAAACUUCACAAGGCUAUAUAUUAUCUGCAUUUUACAACAUUUCGCAAUGAAACUUCGGAAUAUUACUAAUUUUGUGACGCUCUUUCAAGCUAUGAUGAAAUUGUUGCCCAGGCAUAUCUAGAUCAAAAUUUCACUCAUAAGGGGAAAUGUCUGUUCCCUCAAACCUUUCUUACAAAUUCGUCAAAGCUUAGAAUUUAAUGUAAAAUUCCUACUGCGGUCACAGAAACUUUGAUAGUUGUAAACCAGCUUUACGUGAGAUACCCAAAAUUCUGAUAAUUAAGUGAAAAGGUGCCAAAAAGAUGGAGGAAUCAACAUUUCACAGCCCCUUGGUUUUGAAGCCUAAAAUCUAGGUAACUUUUUCCCUGGGAAAAUGUCUCCGGACUGCCAUUUUCCAGCCUGGACUCUCUUGACGUGAACGUUUUAUUUUACUUCGAACAGACAGAAGACCAAAUAUAAGCCCUUGGAAAACACAUUGUGCUGCCAGAAUUGGUGAAUGUUUGACGAAAUGUCUCCAUAUUUCAUUCUGUCGUUCAUUUGCUGCAGUAGAAACGAAGAAUUGUGGCGCAGAGUGUUUGCUCUAUACUGAGACAAGUCUAAACGAGGAUUCCUUCUUGAAAGAUGAAACAGCAUCGUACUUUCAUUUGGUAAGGAACUGAAAAAUUGGACCCUUGCGAUUGGUAAAACAGUAGCCUGUGUGUAGAUGGCGGUGGUGUUGGGCUCCCUAUAAUUUACGCUAUACCCGCGCUUCAACCCCAACCCUUUAAAAAACCCGCCAGUUAUGCAGGCUAAUAAAACACUUCUGUGCGGUGACAAGAUUUUAUGGGGGGGGGGAGGCAACUUAAAAAUUUGUGAGUCACACUUCUAGGGGUCCGGGGGCAUGAUCUCCCGAAAAAUGUGAAUUUUGCGUCUCUGACUACUCUGAGACAACAUUUCUUGCAUUGUGGAGGCAAUUGGAGAAAAAUGUAAACGUCUUAAAAAAUAACUUUCUAACAGUGGCAAAUAUUAAUUUCAGAAUAUUUCAUGAAUUGAAAUUGGAAGACAUAGACACAUAGAGCUUUAUAGAUGCGCACAAGAUACGUAACACUGUCUGACGACAAUUUUCCACCCUCCUCCCCUAUUUUUCAACGAAUCAAACCACUCUCUGAAAAUCAUCGGGCAGGGGGGAGGAGGGCCCCCACCCACUGCCGAGGUUCGCAUUCUGUUUGUAUGACUAAAAUUUCACACCUCAGUCGCAUGUGAGAAGAGUGCUUCCAGUUUGACUCUACCAAACACGACAGGUAUUCUGCGAGUACUUCAGCCCAGACAAAAAUUAAGGGGUAGGUCUUUUACACAUUCGAUUUAUAUGUUCUAUAGUAAAUGUCUAAAUGAUAUUAACUUUCCCGCCCAGGAAUCGAAGACAUGCUGCAAUCCAAGUUGUCAAAAUGAAGGACUGUGUGAUGGCAAGACUUGUACAUGCCAAUGUGCAAAAGGAUAUACUUUAACAGACUGUGUUUGUCCAGCCAGUAAGCAUACACACUAACCUAACUUUAUUCAUACUGGAUAACUUUAUGAGUUCAUAAAUGUUAAUUCUCGAUACUUGAAGUCCAUGCAGUAUAGGCCAAUCUCUGAGGGUCAGUUCAUAUGAGCCCAAGUAACCGGGAAACUCACCUGAUCGAGUACGAUCUGCAUGCCCUUGUUAACGCAUAUAAUAAUCAAUUUGUGUUCAUAUAAGAAUCGAGCCAGCCUGUCUAGGUGAGAUCACAUCUUGAUCUGGGUGGGAUCCCAGUCAAGUGGGAUAGAAUUUUCCACAUGAUGGUCUCAUCCCACCUGACUGGGAAGGACAUUUUACCGAUUUUGACGUAUAUUAGUAUUCGACUAUUGGCUAAUAAUGGUUGGCCAGCUUUUCAAUAUUUACACUGAUUGGUCGUGCCGAUCACUCCUCGCAAGACCGAUGAUGACCAGGAACCAUCAUUAAGUUUAGUUUUGGUUAACAGUCCCAUGCAACGAUCCAUGAAACAGAACAUUUCUUGCGCCUAUGGAUGUUGUUUUCGAAUUUUCUGCAUGUCUGGCACCAUAAACAUGGUGAUAAACUUUUGUUGUCCAUCACAGAGAAGCCAAGAAAACGUUGUACAGUAUGUAUCCAAAUAAAAUUUGCACAUUUUGUCAACAUGUCCGUAUGGAAUAGAAUGAAUCGGCCAAUUAGAGUUUUUGUUCGGCAAAUAACUGAUUGCCGACCGUUAUAAUUAAUCCACCUGCUUACAUGGCCAAAUUAGAAGUCCGAUCAACUAGUUAUUUUUCUUAAAUCUAGGUAACCUAAGCCGUCAGUUCCGCCCUCCAGCCAAGCAAAUAACAGGAAACGUUGUUCAAGUUGAUAGCGGGCAACAAGCUUGGGCUGUAACUAUAAAUACCGAAAUAGUCUCCCGUAACUUACAACAGAAACCCAGAAACUGGGAAAAAAUCGGCGGCUCAUUAAUUCACGUUACAAGCGGAAAGGCAGGAAUCUGGGGAGUGAACAUCAAUCAUUAUAUCUACUUUCGUGAAGGCGUUUCCAGCACAAAUCCAGUCGGGGAUACAUGGAGACAGAUCUCAGGUUUACUUAAACAAAUCGAUUCGGGUUUAUUUGGCAUAGUAUAUGGCGUUAAUGUCCAUAAUGACGUUUUCUGUAUGGCAGGCAUAACCGAGGCUAGACCAUCUGGGAUGGAGUUCCAAUAUGUUGAAAUUGGUUACAAAUUUAAGUACGUCUCGUGCGGGGGUUUUGGUUGUUGGGCUAUUAAACCUGAUAACUCUACCUCGUUCCGUACUGAUGUAACGGCUGAAAAUUGCAUGGGAAGUUCAUGGUUGAAUGUGGAUGGUAAUUUCAUUCAACUGGACUCGGGCUUGACGGGAAGUGUGUACGCUAUCUCGCAUGAACACGAGUUGUAUACGAGGUUAGGAAUUUGUGCUGCAAAUCCGACCGGUGAAAAAUGGGCGAAGGUGCAAGAGGGAAAGUUUAAACAUGUUACUGUUGGCUACGCAAAUUUGAUUGCACUCGCUGAAAAUGGGACAAUUAUUUUAUUUGAGUGA